UUUAUCUACUGUGUAUUAAUAGCAGCGACAGUUAUUGGUAACGGUAUCGUAUUGUUUAUAUUUUAUAAGAGGCCUAGUUUGCGUAUUCCUGUUAAUUUCUUCAUCAUUAAUUUAGCAAUUACCGAUAUUUUAACAGGCCUAACCAGACAACCAAUUAUUGUUAUCGAUUUGUUAAGUAGAGGAGAGUCAUUUAUUCAUACAAUCUGCGGCUUAAGUGGGGUAACGCUAUGUGUAUGUUAUGUCGUCACAAUCUUUACCUUGCUUGCAACAGCACUAUGUCGCUAUUUGGUUAUUGUACGCUCUUACGGUAGGAAGUUAUCGACGAAAGUUGUAGUAAUAAUUAUGUCUUUUAUCUGGGUUUAUGGAACAAUCGAUUGCUUAUUACCCAUCUUUGGUUGGAAUCGCUAUGUG